CGGUCCGUCCCUCUUUAGCCUCCGGCUCGUAUCAUGAGUUUAACUCAGUGCUCGGCUGUUUGAACAUCUUCACGGAUUUAUAUUUAAUGUCUUAAUCUUCAAGCUGAAACAAAGCGCUAACUCGCUUUGCUAACUUUAACUCGCUUUGCUAACUUUAACUCGCUUUGCUAACUUUAACUCGCUUUGCUAACUAGCCGUUAAAAGACGUAAAAGCGAUGGGACCAAAAAGUACCGCUCUGUGUGUCAUCCAGUAUGGAUUCUGAGGCUGACGUGCUCAUGAAGGAAUACAUCAAGAUGAUGUCUGAUAUGAUCGUCCUGAGUGCCACUCUGGCUCUCUCUCUCUCCUUCUGGAUCGUCUCGCUCACUAUCAGCACGUACUACGGAACUCUGCAGCCUGUGUCACCAUGGCGAUGGCUGUUCUCCAUCUUGGUUCCUCUCGUGCUGACGGUCAGAGCGCUGAAGCGUCGCAGUCUGGACAAAUCAGGAGCCCUGGGAGCUUUUCUGGUGGGGUUUGUGUUGACGAUGGCAAACUUCAGCUUCUUCUCCUCACUGUUGGCCUUCUUCAUCACCUCCUCCAGACUCACCCGCUGGGGAGGAGUGCAGAAGAAGAAGAUAGACGCUGACUACAAAGAAGGUGGUCAGAGGAACUGGGUUCAGGUGUUCUGUAACGGAGGAGUUCCUGCAGAGCUGGCACUGCUUUACAUGAUCGAGGUGGGUCCAGGUGAGAUGCCCAUAGACUUCAGCAAGCAGUACUCGGCCUCCUGGAUGUGUCUGUCUCUGCUGGGAGCGCUUGCAUGCAGCACUGGGGACACCUGGGCGUCUGAGGUGGGGCCUGUUCUCAGCCAAUCACAGCCCAGACUCAUCACUACCUGGCAAGAAGUCCCAGCAGGAACAAACGGAGGAGUUACUCCCGUCGGGUUGGCCGCCAGCUUCCUCGGUGGUGUCUCUGUGGGCGCGGCGUACUUUUUGACACAGCUUUUGUUUGUCAGCGACCUGCACCUGGCCGACCCCCAGUGGCCAAUCAUGGUAUAUGGUGGCUUGGCUGGUCUGCUUGGGUCCAUGCUGGACUCUUUCCUGGGAGCUCACAUGCAGUAUUCAGGCUUUGACUCCAGCAUCGGGAAGGUCGUUGGUUACCAGUCUGCCACGACUCGGCGGAUCUGCGGGAAACCGAUCUUAGACAACAACGCGGUCAACCUGUUCUCCUCGGUCCUCAUCGCACUCAUCCUGCCAGGGCUGGCGUGGGGGAUGUGGCCACGAUAGACUCUCAAACAAAACCCUUCAGUAAUCUGUCAACAAAUAAACGUCAUAGUAAAUAUGAUUCUUAGCACAUUAAAGAGUU